AUGGACUCUAAUAACAAAGUGUCAUUACAUCCGGAGCAAAAGAAAUGGAAGGCUCCUAAAGGACCCAAACCAGUUCACCACAAGAACAAAAACCUAAUAGGUUUAGGUCGUACCAUAGCAAAUCAAAGAUCCAAAGAAAAUGAAGUGCAAUAUUUGCCCGAUGGAGAAAUGAGAUUCACAACCGACAAGAAAGAUCCCAACUGGGUCAAGUUGAGAUCAGUCACGCAGGAGAAUUCCUUGGAUGAGUUUUUAAGCACAGCACAAUUGGCUGACACCGACUUCAGUGCCGAGAGAGGACAGCAAGUGAAGAUCAUCAAGGUUGGUAAUACAAAUAUAAUCAACUCUAAUGGGUUGUUGAGUACGGAUGAAAUGUUGGCAAUGAGACAGAAACAUAUGAUGUUUGAAAACAAAUUGACGAUCCCUAGACGUCCCAAAUGGUUUAAGCAGCAAAGCAAGUUGGAAAUUGAAAGGCAGGAGAAUCUUGCAUUUUUGGCAUGGAGAAGAGAUUUGGCCAGCUUGACGGAAAACAACGACUUAUUGUUGACUCCGUUUGAGAGAAACUUGGAAGUGUGGAGACAGUUGUGGAGAGUGGUUGAACGAUGCGAUUUGGUGGUUCAAAUUGUCGAUGCAAGAAAUCCGUUGUUUUUCAGAUCAAUCGAUUUGGAAAAAUACGUUGAAAGCUUUAAUGAUAGUAAUGACGCAAACCACCAAAAGAGGAAUUUGCUUCUUGUCAACAAGGCAGAUAUGUUGAGCCGUGACCAAAGAGUUGCUUGGGCUGACUACUUUAAAGCCAAGAAUAUCAACUACGUUUUCUUUUCAGCUGCAAAUGCCAAUGCUUUGUUGGAAAAGGAGAGAGAAGAAGCGGAGCAGCUCGAGAAUCAGAUACAACAUGAACCUGUGGGUGGCAAUAAGGUUGACCACAGGAUUUUUGAUGACGUCGAAAUGGACGAGUCUGUAAGAAUUUUGAAAAUCGAAGAACUAGAGCAAUUGUUUAUGGAUUCUGCCCCAAGCUUUGAAGUAGAUCCCGAGUUCCCAGAUCGCAAGUUGCAAAUUGGUCUUGUUGGGUAUCCCAAUGUUGGUAAAUCCUCCACCAUCAACGCUUUGAUAGGAUCCAAAAAGGUGUCAGUUUCAUCAACACCAGGUAAAACAAAGCAUUUCCAGACUCUUCAUCUUACUCCUGAUGUUAUACUUUGUGAUUGUCCCGGUUUGGUAUUCCCCAAUUUUGCUUACACCAAUGCCGAGCUCGUUUGUAAUGGUGUUUUGCCAAUUGAUCAAUUACGUGAACACAUACCGCCAACCUCAUUGGUGUGUCAGAGAAUACCAAAGUUUUUCCUUGAGGCAGUCUAUGGUAUACAUAUACCUAUUCAACUGGUUGAAGAUGGUGGUAACGGAGAGUAUCCAACUGCUAGAGAAUUGCUUAAUGCAUAUGCAAGAGCCAGAGGUUAUAUGACUCAGGGUUUCGGUGCUGCUGAUGAGCCAAGAGCUGCCAGAUAUAUUCUCAAAGAUUAUGUCAACGGGAAACUCCUUUACGUCAAUCCACCUCCAGUUCUUGUUAAUGGAGAAUGGCAGUUGUUGGAUUUGCAAAAGAGCAGAGAAUUCAACAAAGAAUUAUACACGUUGCAACAUUUACCUGAUUCCAGAAGACAACAAAUUGAGCAGGCAAUGAAGGCUAGAAAUAUCCCAAUUGAUCAAUUUGAUUUACAAAAAGACAUCUCGAAAUUGAAUUUUUCAAUGCAUAUUGGAGGCAGUGGAGAAGAGAGUAGCGGGAGUGCGACAGAGGCAAAGACAUUGUUCUAUGGAGGCAAGCAAGCGAAGUUGGAAAGUGCUGGUGAUGAUUUGGAUCAAGAGUUUUUCGCAAUGGGUAAUGUUGAAGGUAAAUUGAACACUCCGUUCCAUAAAAAGACAAUUUCCUUGCCAACAAAGUCGGAUAAGAAGCACAAUAAAAAGAACAAGAAGCAGGACAAGAAGCAUAGAUUUGUCGCCAGUUAG